CUCCGGUCUUAACCACAACGCUCAGGCAUUUAUCAGCUGUCCUCCGGGAACAACACUGACCUAUUUCACUAAAAAGAGGAGACGCCGACCAGGCCUGGGCCCGUGACCUCUCCGGGGUGAGUCUUCCGAGCGCGUGGGUGACCCAGAGAUGUCGUCAGCUGUUCUGACGGAGCGUCACCGCGGAUAAUCCUGGAUUAAACAGCAUCUCGUCGGAGCGUCCAGAGACGGCCAUGUUGGAUUGUGUCAGCAGAGUCCUGGUGUUGACUCGUCUUCACCCCUCGCCACACAGAACCUCGCUGCCAACUUAACUCCGCCCAUUCAUCUUACCUUUCCUCACCUGGACAGCAGAUCCCGAGUCCUGGUAGAAAAUGUCCAUUGCACAAGAUAAGCUGCUUACCUGGAGGCUACCUCACCUGCUCUUCCUACCACUGAUUUACCUCUGGCUCUUGGCUCCGCCCACAGGUGUGUCCGCUGGUCUGUGCCGGGUCACCGGCGGGGUUCUGGGGAUCCACUGGAGCAGCACCGUGGGUCUGGGCUGGUACCCGCUGGCAUCUGGCCGAGGUGGUGCCACGUGCUGGGAGUCAUGCUGCCUGGAGGCGAGCUGCGGAGCUGUGUGGAGCCUCGGGGGACACUGUGUGCUCCUCACUUGUUCCAGGAAGGAGGGCUGCUCCAUCUCCUCCCUCCCGCAACCUCACGAGGAGUCACUGGGCCUCCUGCAGCUGCUGUCCAAGGGUCCCGUCAGGAUGAAGCGCAGAAGACCUCGCUGGGCGUCGCACACAGGAAGCCUCAGCUCCACGGAACUGCUUCCCACUACUCCCAGUACCAUCAGUCUGCUCCAGGCAACCCAGGAGGACGUCGACCCGUCAGCAAACACCAGUUUAGAUGAAGCUCCUGAUCUGUCACACCAGAACUCCACAAUUGAUGGAACCAUCAAUCAAUUUUCCAACAUCAGUGAUGUCAUCACUCCCACAACCAUCAUCACGUCUCCGACCCAGACUUCAGUUCGGGAGCUGGUGGUGUCGGCAGGGGAGAGUGUGGAGGUGACGCUGCCCCAUAAUGAGGUGGAGCUCAUCGCCUACGUGGUCCCUCCACCCCCUACAGGGUCCAACUACGCCUUCGACUGGCAGCUUCUGACUCAUCCCAGAGAUUACGGUGGUGAAAUGGAGGGCAAGAAGAGCAAGACUCUGAAACUCAGCAAGCUGACAGUGGGCCUGUACGAGUUCGGGGUGAUGGUGGAUGGGGAGGGGGCGCACGGGGAGGGCUACGUCAACGUCACGGUCAGACCAGAACCGCGAGUAAACAAACCCCCGGUUGCCGUGGUUUCCCCAAAGUUCCAGGAGAUCUCCUUGCCGACGAGCUCUACAGUGAUUGAUGGCAGCCAGAGCACCGAUGAUGAUAAGGUGGUGGCGUGGCACUGGGAGGAGGUGAAGGGUCCUCUGAGAGAGGAGAAGGUCUCCGCUGACACCCCCAUCCUCACCCUCACCAGCCUGGUGCCCGGAAACUACACCUUCAGCUUGACGGUAACGGACUCCGACGGAGCCACCAACUGGACUCAGGCCACCCUCUCGGUUAACAAAGCCAAGGACUACCGGCCGGUGGCCAACGCCGGUGCUAACCAGGUGAUCCAGCUGCCGAGGAACUCCAUCACUCUGAAUGGAAACCAGAGCACGGACGACCACGACGACCUGUCCUACGAGUGGUCUCUGAGCUCCCAGAGUAAGGACAAAGUAGUGGAGAUGCAGGGCGUUCGGACUCCGAUGCUGCAGCUGUCGGCCAUGCAGGAGGGGGACUACACCUUCCAGCUGACCGUCACCGACUCGGCAGGACAGCAGGACACGUCCAAGGUCACGGUCUUCGUCCAGCCAGAGAACAACAAGCCACCGGUGGCAGACGCGGGGCCGGAGAAGGAGCUGACGCUCCCUGUGGACAGAACCACGCUGGACGGCACCAAGAGCUCCGAUGACCAGAAGAUCUCCUCCUUCCACUGGAGACAGAGCAGUGGUCCAGAUGGAGUGAAGAUAGAGAAUGCAGACAGUGCUGUUGCCACGGUAACGGGUCUGGAGGUGGGGUCCUAUGAGUUCAUGCUGACUGUAGCUGAUGAGAGGAACCUGGAGAGCAGCGACACCGUCAGGGUGCUCGUCAGAGAAGAAAUGGACCAACCUCCAGUAGCCCAGGUUCUGUCCAGCCCACCUGUAUCUCUGCCCAUCAGGACAGCGGUUCUGGAUGGGUCCAGGUCCACGGAUGAUAAAGUUGGUCUGAACUUCCUGUGGACCAGAGACGACAGCAGUCCUGCAGCGGGGGAAGUUCUGAACAACUCUGACCGCCAACCGGUUCUGUUCCUGGGGAACCUGGUGGAGGGAAAGUACCGCUUCACCCUGACGGUGACGGAUAGCAAAGGACAGAGCAGCUCAGAGAAAGGCUCUGUGGAGGUCAGACCAGAUGUGUGGGAGCGAGACCUGGUGGAGCUGCUGCUGGAGGUGAGCGUGUCUCGGGUGUCCCAGCGCCAGCGCGACAUGCUGCUUCGUCAGGUCGGGGUCCUACUGGAGGUGCUUGAUAGUGACAUCAUCGUCAGGGAGAUCAGCGCAUUUAGUGAGCACAGCACCCGUCUGGUCUUCCUGGUCUCCGGUGGUCCAGGUAAGCCUCCUCUGUCUGGCCGAAGCGUCGCGUUGAGACUUCGUAACAAACUACGCAAACAGAAGAAUGACUUCCUGAUCUUCAGAGCUCAGCGUGUCGACACGGUUGUCUGCCAGCUGAACUGCUCCGGUCACGGCGAGUGUGACUCGUUCACUCGGAGGUGUGUGUGUCAGCCCUUCUGGAUGGAGAACUUCAUCAGGGCUCAGCUCGGAGACGCGGAGGCCAACUGUGAGUGGAGUGUGCUGUACGUGACCAUUGCCUCCUUCAUGAUGGUGGUUUCCGUGGCAACACUUGUCUGGACAUUAGUGUGCUGCUGCACCAGGCGGAAAAGCAAAGUCCGACGAAGCAAAAGUCGAUACAAGAUCCUGGAAGCUGAGGAGCAGGAUAGUCUGGAGCUGCAGCCUCCGAGAACCACUCGUCUCAAGCCGGUUCCGGUCUCCGCGUCCUCGGCUCUGAUGCAUUCCGAUUCGGACCUGGACAGCGAUGAGGGACAGGAGCGGGGACAUCUGCUGCGGCUCCAGAACGGGUCCCUGAGGAAUGGCCAGGGGCCUUCACGGGCCGUGAAGCAGAGAGAGGAGCUGCUAUAGCGGUGGCCGGUUCUGUUGGUCCAGUCUGGACUCUGGGCCAGAACCAAGCGCAUGAAGCUUGAUGGUGGCUAACACUGGUUACAGACUCAGACAUUUACUUCCUGUUAUAAGCUAGCAGCGUGUGCGUGCCUGUAAACGGGUAGGAAGUGCUUUUAUUGUGAAGGUCCAGCGAACAGUGUUGAAGAUGAAGAUGUGCUGCACUUUAGGAGCAGAACCACUGAGAAGCUGUUGCUCUGAUCCGAUUGUUUCUGCUGCUGGUUUAAAAUCAGCCAAAAAGAAGAGUCUGGUUCUGCCGAGUCGGACCAGAACCACCUGCUGUUCUGCUCCACGGCGGAUGGAGUCCUGCAUCUCCAAAGAAACGGAUUAUCGAAGUAAAAUUAGCUGUGACUAGUCUUCCUGUGUGCGUGUGCACGUGUGUUUAUUAUCGGGCCCUUUUUAAACGUACACACCUCCUAACCUGGCAUCAUCUGGGCCUGUGGGUCCUGCUCGGAGAACCGGACCUCAGAACAUGUUUGACUGAUUGCUGCAUGCAGAACCUUCCACCUGCCUUUGUCACGUUGCUGAACGUCAUCUGAUGAUUCCUCCUCACCCCAACCCGGUCAGAAGCCCUCUGGAACAACGACCACAGGAGAUGAACGUGGUUCUGGUUCUGGUUUCAUGGGUCAGAAUCCAGAUGAAUGAUCUGACUUUAAAUUAGUUCAUCUCAAUAAAAUAUUUUGUUUAUGAAAGUAGAAAA